AUGAGAAAGCAGAGCGUGCGCACGGCCGCGCUCGUCCUGUGCAUCCUGUCCUACCUGCUGGUGGGCGCCGCCGUCUUCGACGCGCUCGAGUCCGAGGCGGAGCGCGGCCGCCAGCGGCUGCUGGCCCAGAAGCGCGGCGAGUUCCGGAGGAAGUACGGCUUCUCCGCGGAGGACUACCGCGAGCUGGAGCGCCUGGCGCUGCAGGCCGAGCCGCACCGCGCCGGCCGCCAGUGGAAGUUCGCCGGCUCCUUCUACUUCGCCAUCACGGUCAUCACCACCAUCGGGUACGGCCACGCCGCGCCGGGCACGGACUCCGGCAAGGUCUUCUGCAUAUUCUAUGCGCUCCUGGGCAUCCCCCUGACGCUGGUCACCUUCCAGAGCCUGGGCGAGCGCCUGAACGCGCUGGUGCGGAGCCUCCUGCUGGCGGCCAAGCGCUGCCUGGGGCUGCGGCGGCCGCGCGUGUCCACCGAGAACUUGGUGGUGGCCGGGCUGCUGGUGUGCGCCGCCACCCUGGCCCUCGGGGCCGCCGCCUUCGCGCACUUCGAGGGCUGGACCUUCUUCCACGCCUACUACUACUGCUUCAUCACGCUCACCACCAUCGGCUUCGGCGACUUCGUGGCGCUGCAGAGCGACGAGGCACUGCAGAGGAAGCCGCCCUACGUGGCCUUCAGCUUCCUCUACAUCCUCCUGGGGCUCACGGUCAUCGGCGCCUUCCUCAACCUCGUGGUCCUGCGCUUCCUGGCGGCCAGCACCGACGCGCCCGAGCGCGCCGCCCGCCGUCCCAGCCCGCUCCGCCCGGGGGCGCCCGAGAGCCGCGGCCGCUCCCCGCCCCGCCGGCCGGCCCGCGCCGGGGGCUCCACCUCCGUCUCCUCCCGCGUGCACCAGCUGCAGACGGGGGCCCGCGACAAUCUGGGCUUCUCGCCCCCCUCGAGCCCUCGGGCUGUGGCCGGCGGCUGCGGGGCGGGCAGGCCCCCGGCCCGGCGCAAGUCCAUCUGA